AUGGACACUCCCAGACUUGUUUUAAACCGUUACUGCCAAGCGCUAAGAUGUUACGGCUGUACAGGUCACGACCCGACGAAACCCUAUGAUGUCAUCAGCAACAACCCCGCAUGUGCAGAAGGCCAGUUUGACGCCACCCAGCUACAAGUGUAUUCCAGCAACAGCAAUCGGUUCCUUUGUUACGCGAUCACCUACACCUCNGGCGCGUCGCAGGUGACCCACCGUUACAUGACAGACCUGACCAGCUCUCGUGUCAACGCAGAAAGAACAACCAGAACAACAUUCGAAGGUUACUACUGCCCCGAGGAUCUCUGUAAUGCAGACAACACGAGUUAUUGUAUUAGAUCAUGGACACGUCUUAGAAGUGUAAUGUGCGCAACAGAGUUUAAUGCAACAACCUGUUACACUGAACGCUACAGCACGUGCUAG